UUUUUUCUCUCCGUGUCUAGUCUAGAUAUAAGUAAAAAAACUAGACAAAUUCAUUUACAAUAUUGAAUAUGAAUUCGUUUACUUCAAGAUUGAAUUCUUUGUUUGCCUUCACACUCAGUGUGAUGGCAGCCCUUACGUUUUGUUGUUUUCUCACAACAGUCUUUAACGAUCAUAUAAGACCUGUUGAACUCAAUGUAGCCAAAGUGUUAGUCAAAAAUGUACCAGACUACUCUGCUGACAGAGAGAGGAGUGAUUUGGGUCUGAUCACAUUUGACCUGUCAACUGAUCUUCAGCCUAUCUUCAACUGGAAUGUCAAGCAGCUGUUCUUGUAUUUGACAGCAGAAUAUAAAACCAGUGAACAUGCUUUGAAUCAAGUUGUACUCUGGGAUAAAAUUGUGGAGAGGGGAGAUAACACUAUUCUGGACCUCAAGAACGCACACACCAAAUAUUAUUUCUGGGACUUUGGCAAUGGACUCAAGGGCAACAGUAAUGUCACAUUGACCUUGUCUUGGAAUGUUAUACCAAAUGCUGGGACAUUGCCUAAGGUUCAAGGUUCUGGCAGCCACAAGAUUGUUUUCCCUGAUCAGUACACAUCUGGAAGAAUUUAAUAAAAAUAAAAUUAUAUAAUUUAACUCUUUUAUCUAUCAAAAUAAUUUAAAUAUUCGAAGUAUUCCAAUUUAUCAUUCAUAGUGUUUACCUCAUUUAACGAAUAUCAUUUGGAUAUGUGAAUCAUGAACACUGAGCUUAGUCAGAGUUAUCAGAGGACCUCUAGAUUUUUGUCACAGAACCGGUCAAAUAUUUCAAGUGUUACUUAUUAGUUUAAACUUUUGCUCUCAGUGAGAAUGGUGUAAGCAUGAGAACUUCUUGUCGUGAUGUCAGCACUGUGUAAGAUUUGUAAAUGAUGUUAUAUUGUUGGAAACAAGGUGUCAUCACCAGUAAUUGAAACUUGACAAUGUUAGCUCUGCAUUUUAUUAAAAUUUUCUGUUUAAAACUAUGCUACUGGUUUAUUCUGGUGUUUGAAGCAUUUACUUUUUAUUUUCCAAUGAUACAUUAUUUUUACUUAUUUUAAACUUUGAUUUUGUUGUUUUCAUAUUCUAAGUGUCAUGUGAUUUUGUUGUUUUGAUAUUCUAAGUGUCAAUGUUUGAUGAAAUUCCUCUAACUGUUUUUCCUAAGGUGAAUGGUAUGUGCAGUUUUAAUGAUCUAUUACAUUUUUUUAAAACAAUUAUUUGUUACUGUUGUAUGCUUUGGGAAAUGAAAUAUUAAUAAAAUAUCAUUUUGAAAAUACUAAUUGUAUAUUGCCACAUAUUACUAUGAACAGAAAGUUAACCCCUCACUCUCUGAUUCCUCUGAGCAGAACAGACAAAUCCGUUAGAGGAAGAUAAUAUAACUUACUACGUCUGUAAUUAAUUUGAUUUAGUGUGAACAAAACAUAAGUAAAUCCAGCUGUUGGUUUCUAGAAUAGAGUUUAUUUACAUAACAAGAGUGCACAUUGUUCAAAUCAUUUGGUGUCAACAAGAAGUAUUUACAAUUACCAGAAACUCAAAUGAUUUAUUACAAACAUACAUACAAGUUAAAGUGUGAGACAGUAUCCGAGAUGUACAUUCACACUCUGGGAAGGUGAGUACUGUCCAUCAAACAUAAUGGAAAAUAGGUGCAAAUUAAAAAAAAAAAAUAGGUCAAAGUCAAACCUACUGAAUUGACAUUUGAACUGGUAUUCAAAAUCAAGUAAUUAUUUGAAUUGUAAACAACAAUUGUCACAGGUUGUUUCCUUAAAGUUUUAUCUUAAAAGUUGACACUGAACUUUUAAAAAAAUGAAAAGUGAGGAUAAAUUACUCAAUUGCUAGCAACAAGCGUUAAUAUGAGAAAAUCAUAUUUAUAUCAGGUUUAUGUCAAAAUCUGACUUUUAAAAUUUACCAGUAUUUAAAUUUAUUUUCAAUGGAGUUUUAUGUAGAUAUUUCAUAAGAAACAUUGACAACUACUUCUUUUUUUAUUCUAUUUUAUAUUUGUCCAAACAUACUGCCUAGACUUAAUAAAUUUUUUUUACAUAAUUAUACAAUUUUAGAAACAGAUUUGUUAAUACCAUUUUUAAACCUCAUUUCAAUGACUUGAAGUAAAUUCUUUCCUGCUAAACUUAUAUCGCGAACGGUACCACCUUCUUCCUUAAUGUAGAUUUGAAAGUUGGACUACCAACAUGAUUUGAUAUUGAUGAGUCUAAAUAGCACAUAUGUGUUUGCUAUUUUUUAUCUUAAUUUCUGGGCAAAGAUAAUUCUAUAUUUUUACUGUUCAACUCAAGUCUAUAUCUCUGAAUAUAGUUAGUGCAAAAUUUCUUGGUCUAGGAAUUCUAUUUUUGUGUCUAUAACUACAUUCCCAUGAGAAAAACACCAUUUGCUAAGACUUUUUUUUAGAAAGUAAAGGAAGCUGCAUUGGCACUAGUAUACCAAUGAAUGGGGCUUUAUACUUGAAAUACAAACUGAACUAAAGUUGGCAAUAAUUUCAUGUAAACUUGCACUUUUAAAUACUAUGUACAAAUAGGGAAAAGCAUUUGAAAUAACAGUCACUCUACAACACUCACACAUUUGUUAUGAAAAUAUUACAAUUACUAGCAGAGAAUAUCACAGGGCUCCAGAGUCUGUCUGAGUCUUGAAAUAAAUACUCUCUUGAACACAACACCAACAAUGGCACAUGCACACAAUACACAAGAAAUGGCACAUUUACAUUUCAUAGUAACUUUACAAAUGUAAUAUCUAUGUAUAAGCAUCAUUAUCUGCUUGUUUGUUUUAUUUUUGCUAGUUUUAAUUCUAAAUUGUAUGUACAAGAAAGGUUGUUUUCAUUGAUCACAAUUAAUUUAAAGUGAAUACACAUUUU